AUGAAGAAGAACUUCAGGUGUCAGUUCUAUUUUUCGAAUCAGUGUAAAAUGUAAUAUAUAAAAAAGUAAAAAUAUUUUUUGUGAAUUAAAGAAAAAGCAAUCAUUUAAUUUAUAAUAUCCCCAAAGGAAUGUUUCGUGGCAAACCCACUUUUCGUCUUUUUAAACAUCAAAGGAUCAAGGAACAAAUUCUUCAAAACACUUUUAUAUAACUAAAAAUUUAUUUUGAUAGAAAAAACUUUUUUUCUUUAUUUUGGUUUUAAUUUGAAGAGAAAAGAAAAUAUUUUCUUCUCAAUUUCCAGAAGAAGAAAAAAAGAAAAUUAAAAUACAAAGAAUAAGAAAUUUGAGAUAAGCUUCACAAUUUCUAUAGAUUCAAUUUUCAUUUAUAACUGAAAAAGAUUUCUUUUAAUUUUUCAUCUGAAAAAGAUUUGUUUUUACUUUGACUAGAAUUAAUUAAUGCCAAACAAAUGGGCAUUUUCAACAAAUUAUUUGGAAAAUAUCUAUUAUUCACGAAUACAGCGAGUUGUGGAUUAAUGAUGGCAAUUGCAGACGUAAUUCAUCAACAAGGCGAAAAAUUAAGACAAAAUCAUUCAAUAAAAUUAAAACCCACCUCUAUUAAUGAAUCAAUUAUAAUUCAAUUACAAAAUGAAAAUAAAAUUCAUGCACAAUUAAAAACUGGAUAUUUUAAUCAAACUAAUAUAAAUAAAAAUGAAAGUACAAAAGAAAAUUAUAAUGACAGUCAACAAGAAAAAGUUAUCAUGUUAUCUUGUAAAACUGAUCAUGAUUUUAAUCGAACAAAAAAUAUGUUAACUGUUGGCCUCUUACAGGGACCAUUUCAUCAUUAUUUCUAUCGAUUUUUAGACAAAAGUUUUCCUGGGACAAAAAUACUUUCCAUUUUUAAAAAAACAAUACUCGAUCAAAUGAUAUCGAGUCCUUCGUGUCUUACAAUUUUUUUCUUUGGUCAUGGACUUCUUGAGCGCAAAAGUCUUACUGAAAUCAACUUAGAAAUGCGACAGAAAUUUUUUCACACCUGGAAGAUAGAUUGGUGUUUUUUCCCUCCUGCACAGAUUGUAAAUUUUUUAUUUGUUCCUCUGCAAUAUCGUGUGCUUUACAUUAAUGCAAUUACUGUGAUCUUUGAUAUUUUUCUAUCUUACGUUAAAUAUGAAGCAGAUUUUACCUUACAGGCGUAACUGAAAUUUUGUUUAAUUAAAAUUAUCGCUUGAAAAAAUGUCACUUUGUUGAAAGUUAAGUUCUCCUGUAGGUAGGCAACCACUCACAUCAAGAGAGAUGAAGGAAAAAUGAUACGGCAGGAGCAUUCUCGUUUACUUUACUAAUGCUUUAUGAAUGGUUUCAUUCUUGGAUUUUUUUGUAUAUACAUCAUUAUCAAUGAUAGUAAUGAUUAAAUAUGUCUAGUUGAUUAUUUAUCGUUCAAUUGAAAGUAACAUUCUUAUGUAAGCGGACUUAUUAUCUAUGCACGUGAUUUAUACUGUUAAGUAUAUUAUAUAUACAUUUACAAAGUGUAAUAAUGGCAUAUAUGAGGUAAAAUUCCUGAAAUGUCCGAACAAAAAAUUAAAAGUUCUCGAAUUUAAUCCGUACUUUUCUAAAAGAUUGUCAUUCUUGGUAAAAGUCUAAAAAUCAGUUAUUAUUGAAUUUGAUAAAAUAGUUAUUGAAUUACAACGUUUUUAAUUUUUUACUUUAGAAAAAAAAAAUUUUUUCAAUGUUCAAUAUUUAUAAGUAGAAUGCAUAAAAGUUAAUAUAUAUACAUAUAAUGAUUUUUAAAGCUUUUCUGACGGGCUACACGAUGGUGAUAAGAUAUUUUAUUUUUAAAUAAAAUUCAACAAGCUCUAUAUGAAGUAGUUUGGAUAAGUAGAUUGUUAAUAAACAAAUGCAAUGUUAACUAAUUCUUUUUUUUU